CGUGGAAAGUUUCGUAAGUUAACAUGGCGUCGUCACGGUCGCUCAUGAAAAGCCUGCAUCAGAAUUAUGCAUUAAUUCCUUUUAUCCAGGCACGGUUUUGCCAGACAGCAGCAGCGCCAGCUCUCCACCCAAAACUAAAGAAGUUCAGCAUCUACAGAUAUGAUCCAGACAAGCCAAACAAGAAACCAGCUCUGCAGGAGUAUGAAGUUGACCUCAACGAUUGUGGUCCUAUGGUCUUAGAUGCCCUUAUUAAGAUAAAGAACGAACAGGAUCCAACCUUGACCUUCCGUCGCUCGUGUCGUGAGGGAAUAUGUGGCUCCUGCUCCAUGAAUAUUAAUGGUGCCAACACACUGGCUUGUAUAUGUAAAAUUGAUGAAGGCAGUAAGGCUACCAAGAUCUACCCUCUCCCACACAUGUACGUCAUCAAGGAUCUUGUGCCGGACAUGAAUAAUUUUUAUGCCCAGUACAGAUUCAUAGAGCCGUAUUUGAAGAAGAAGGAUGAAAACGAGGCAGAAAUAGGAACGAAGCCAUAUUUUCAGAGCCCAGAAGAUAGGGCCAAACUGGACGGGCUGUAUGAGUGUAUUCUCUGUGCGUGUUGUAGCACCUCCUGCCCCAGCUACUGGUGGAACUCUGACAAAUACCUGGGACCUGCUGUUCUCAUGCAGGCAUACAGGUGGAUGGUAGACUCACGUGAUGACUUUCAACACGAGCGCCUGGAAAAGAUGCGAGGCGCCUACGCUGCGUACAAGUGUCAUACCAUCAUGAACUGCACGAGAGUUUGCCCUAAGGGCUUGAAUCCUGGCUGGGCCAUUGGAGAGAUCAAGAGAAUGCUUCAAGGUUAUGGCGAAUAUAAAGCAGAACAAGCUGUUUAGUGGAAUUCACGUGGAUAGUUUUGUAACAGUGUUUUUUAUUGAAGCAAAUUCUUCACCUGCGGACUAUAUGUAACAUAGCUUUUGAUUGGUGCAAAAGGGAUGAGUCUUUGACAUUGUUUUUGAGGAAAGCAAACUGGUCUGAUUCUGUGUAACAAGACGUGUGAUUGGAGAAGAUCAGACGAGUUUGUUACAAGGUAUCUGAUUGGAGUAAAUUAGUUUAUCUUGGUGUCAUUAUUCUGAAGGGAAGAAAACUCUUUGGUCUGUAUGUGUAACAAGCAUAAACCCUUCAGGAUAAUGUUCAAAGUUGAUGGAUUUUAUAUAAAUAUAUCAUGAAUAUAUGCUCUUUGUGCUAGUAUAAUAUUUGGUUUUCCUCCUAGAGUCAAGAAACCCAUUUCCUUUAUUGAUAAACAUAUUCAUUAAGCAUAUUUAAAUUUACAUACUUACAACUUUGUCUAAAAGAAUGUUUUGAACUUCCACUUAUUAAAUUGUUAGUAAAUCAGAAAUAAGAAACUCGUCUAGAUUUUUAGGAAUGUGCAAAUGAUGAAGUAACUUGACAAUAGAGAUGGUAGUACCUGUUGCUGCCUUUGAAGUUCUGAAAAAUAAAAUGUUUUAAAUUUUAAAUCGGAAGUGAAAAUAAAUGUGAUGGUUGUUUUUCA